AUGAACCGAUUGCUUUUUCGACGGCAGCCCGUUUCCGUUGCUUCGAGGCGAUUGAAAAAGACAUUGGCAUCGGCGUAAGUCCAUUGUUAGUCAGUAAAUCUAUAGUCGUAAAAAAAGUGAACAAGGGUGACGAAGUGGUAAACAAGUUGUUUUUAGGAAGAAGACAUGCCUCUACGAAUUCCACGCACAGAAUGGAGCCAAGUUUGUUGAGUUUUGUGGAUUCCAGAUGCCAAUCCAAUACACGGAUCUGUCCAUUCCCAAGAGUACCCUCCACACUCGUCAUCAUGCCUCCAUUUUUGAUGUGUCUCACAUGUUACAGACGGAGAUUCAUGGAAAAGACGCGUACGGUAAAAGCGAUUAUAUUGUUUACAGUAUUUGUUGAUUUUAAUUUUUUUGAUAAUUUUAGAAUUGAAUUCUUCGAAUCGCUGACUCCAGCUGAUGUUCAGGGAUUAGCUGAGAAUGCUGGAUGUUUAUCCGUGUUUACCAAUGGGAAUGGUGGCAUUCAAGACGAUUUGGUUGUCUCAAAAACCGACAAAGGAUACCUUUAUGUUGUUUCGAAUGCUGGUUGUAUUGAUAAAGACGUUGCUCAUAUGAAAGUAAGUGUAUAUUUUUUCAAUUUUGUUUAUUUUUUAGAAACACGAAAGUGAAUGGAAGGCCAAAGGAAAGGAUGUCCAAGUCAAAGUGCUCAAUGAUUACGGGUUGAUCGCACUUCAAGGUGGGCGAUGACAGCUAAAGGGCUUUUUUGAAGAACAUAUGAUCUCUUAGUGUAAUAUAAUUUGUUUAGGUCCUGAGGCACUACUUCUUUUGGAGACCGAGACUGACAUCGAUCUGACCAAGUUGUAUUUCAUGCACACUGCAGUGGGUACAGUAGCUGGAGUGUCUGAUUGCCGAGUUACGAGAUGUGGAUAUACUGGAGAAGAUGGGUUUGAGAUUAAAUUCCCAAUUUCCUCAGGAGAUACAGUACCGAAGAAGUUGAUGGAAAGUAAAAGAAUCAGCACGAGAUUGGCGGGAUUGGGUGCCAGAAAUGUGUUGAGAUUGGAAGCUGGUCUCUGUCUUUAUGGAGAUGAUAUUACGGAGACUACGACUCCUAUCGAGGCUGGUCUCAACUUUGUGGUAGCCAAGAGAAGACGUCAAACCUUGGGAUUCCCUGGAGCUGAAGUUAUUGUGAAGCAAAUUGAGGAUAAGAAGGUUGCAAAGAAAAGAGUGGGACUCAUUUCUGAUGGUGGAAGAUCCCCCCGAGGCAGUCUUCCCCUGAUUGAUCCCAUUGACAAGGCUUCAGUUGGGUUUGUUACUUCGGGUUCUCCUUCUCCCACUCUGAAUAAGAACAUUGCCAUGGGUUAUGUGGACUUCCAGGAUGCCAAGAUAGGAAAAAAAAUCCUGGUCGACUUUGGCUCCAAACAAUCGGAGGUUACUGUAACGAAGAUGCCUUUUCACCCCACCAAUUACUACGUAAAACCCAAGAAUUAA